UUUUUAUAAUUCUUUUGUAAUUGGUAAUCCUAUAGCCCGAGAAUCAAGCAAGACAUGGUCACAUGCACCUGUAAUAUCAGCAUUAGGGAAGCUGAUGCAGGAGGAUGGUGAGUUUGAGGCCAGACUGGAUUAAAUGGUGACAGUGGUCACAAAAGCAACACAGAAAUCAACAAAGCCCCAACCUCAUGCUUCAGAGAGAUGAAUCUGAACAAAGUUACGUGGUUUGGCAGGGUGACAGUCAGCUCACACUUGUGUGUCUACAGACUGGGAUCUCAGGUAGCCGUGUAUGAGCUUGGCUUCCUGUGCAUUUUGAAUGUCUGUCAAUGACUGAUCGUUGUAACUUACAGGAAUUUUUUAAAACAAUAUUUUAAUUAAAAAAAAAAAAAACCCAAAGCAUCUGUCAGCUGUCAGCCUCCCAGUUUCUACUUUUGAGGAUCAGGGUGUUGUUGGUGAGUAAUGACAACGGGCCUGUAAAAUGCGGACUCUAACCCGCCGAUGACUCAUCCGGUACAAUGCAGUAUAUUUGUCAAGGAGACUGAAUCAUAUAUGGGGGAAACUACUUCUCAGCAGCCAGCUGGUUCUCAGGUCAGCCAGAGAGGAUCCAUUUUUAUCGGAAGCUUUAUAGUAGCGAUGAUGCUAAUGGGCAGCCCUUGGACUCCACAAUGUAGAGGAAAUGGCAUCUCCGGGCAGUGACAGCUAUAUUGUGCGUGUCAAGGCUGUGGUUAUGACCAGAGAUGACUCCAGCGGGGGAUGGUUCCCACAGGAAGGAGGCGGGAUCAGUCGCGUUGGGGUGUGUAAGGUCAUGCACCCUGAAGGCAACGGACGGAGCGGCUUUCUCAUCCAUGGCGAACGACAGAAAGACAAACUGGUUGUAUUGGAAUGCUACGUCAGAAAGGACUUGGUCUACACCAAAGCCAAUCCGACGUUUCACCAUUGGAAGGUUGAUAAUAGGAAGUUUGGACUUACUUUCCAAAGCCCUGCGGAUGCACGAGCCUUUGACAGGGGCGUGAGAAAAGCCAUCGAAGACCUUAUAGAAGGUUCGACAACCUCCUCUUCCACGAUCCAUAACGAAGCUGAGCUCGGAGACGAUGACGUUUUUACAACUGCCACAGACAGUUCUUCUAAUUCCUCACAGAAGAGGGAGCCGAAUACAAGGACAAUCUCCUCCCCCACAUCGUGCGAGCACCGGAGGAUUUAUACCCUUGACCCGUACCCCAUGGAUCUUUACCACCCCGACCAGCGUUUGCCGCGGUCCUACCCCCAGGUCACCUUUCCGGAAGAUGAUGAAGAGAUAGUACGCAUCAACCCCCGAGAGAAGAUCUGGAUGACGGGUUACGAAGAUUACCGGCACGCGCCAGUCCGCGGCAAAUACUUGGACAGCACCGAGGACGCAGACUCCUACGUGCGCUUCGCCAAGGGUGAAGUCCCCAAACACGAAUAUACGUAUCCCUACGUUGAUUCUUCGGACUUUGGCUUCGGCGAGGAUCCCAAAGGCAAUGUGAUCAAGACCCAGCCGCCCAGGGCCAAGUCCCGUCGGCGGAAGGAGAACGGCGAACGGUCGCGGUGCGUGUACUGCAGGGACAUGUUCAACCACGAAGAGAACAGAAGGGGCCACUGCCAAGACGCGCCCGACGCCGUGAGAACGUGCAUUCGCCGGGUGAGCUGUAUGUGGUGCGCGGACAGCAUGCUGUACCACUGCAUGUCCGACCCCGAGGGAGACUACACCGACCCUUGUUCGUGCGACACAAGCGACGAGAAGUUUUGCCUCCGGUGGAUGGCACUAAUUGCCUUGUCUUUCUUGGCUCCUUGUAUGUGCUGUUACCUGCCCCUCCGGGCCUGCCACCACUGUGGAGUGAUGUGCAGGUGCUGUGGUGGGAAGCACAAAGCCGCUGCGUGACUCGGUUUCCUUCCUCUCCCCUUCUCCAGCCACAGCCCCAGGCGUCUCGUCUCCUGCGUACAGCCCCACCCCCGCCCCCAUCUUCUCCCUGGCUCCCUUCCAACUCCAAAAGGCAAGGCCAAUCAGAGGAGGCCAGGCUCUGGUCCCUUGGUGACAUCAUUCCAAACCUGGGGUAGCUGCCACCCCCCGUGUCGCAGUGUUCUGAGGAAAGGAGCCUUCGGCAUAGACUCGUGUAUUUUUCCAGCCUAUAAUCAUGCUGUCUUUCCUGAGUGUUGGUUUCCAGCCCCCUCCUCCCCACCUUUCUGGUUCUGCUGUCUUGGAGGGGUUUAUUGAUUUCCCCCCAACCACCCACCCCUGCCCCGUGACCUUUUUUUUUUUUCUUUUUCUUUUCUCCCCAUUGGGCUUGCCUGUCGCUAACUAGCAUAGGUCCCUCAGAGAUGUGACCGAAUGAUGAAGCCAUCACCCAGGAUGUUGUUAUUCGAGGAGAUGAGCUAGAUAACAAGUCUGUACCAUAAAACAAUAAUACUUUUAACUCCUAAAGCCAAAUCUCCCGUGAUGCCCAGGGGGUGGGGGG